AAAUGAAAGAAACAAGCAGUACAUGUAUAUAAAUACUCCCAUUCUCUUCAUUUCUACCACCUUCUUGCAACUGAACAUCAAGCUUCGGGUUUUUCGGAUAGCUCACUUUUUGUCAAAUCUGGUAUCAGUUAGGUUAGAACGCUGCGAUUUUGGAUUCGGGAACGAGGAUAUUGAUUUGACAGGUGCAAGUGGGUAAAAGCAUGGAUUUUGUUCAAUGGCUAGGGCAAGACAUGUCACUGAAGAUCUUUAUGUGUUUGGAUGACCCUAUCGAUCUUCUUCGGACGAGUGCGGUUUCGCGGUCUUGGCGUGCGUUUGUGAUUGCUAAUGGCUUAUGUAAGAAGCUUUGUUUGACAAAGUGUCCGGAAGCAGCAAGUUUUGCCCGUGUUGUUGUAAUGAAAGAGUAUGUUGAACCUAGGGGAACAGAUGUGGAGGGUUCUGGUGAAUUGGCUUGUCUGGAGAGAGAGCACAGAGUGUAUGCAUCCUUAGGUAGAGAGCUUAUAACAUCUGGCAGAGAAAGUUGCAUAACAGAUGCCGUCUGUGCGUCUAGCACUGACAACUAUCCAGACGAAAGCAUCAAGAAUACUUUGGAACCAAGUGAUAGAAUUGGCCACAGGGCCUCGUAUUGGUCGAGCAAGGGUGCGACGGAUCCAUCUGCUUCAGAGACAUUGAUUUAUAAACUGGCUUCUCAGCUAUGUCUGAUCACUGAGUUACAUGUGCAUCCAUUUCAAGCAUAUUUUCAGUUUGGCUUCCCCAUAUAUUCACCCAAAGCUGUGAGGUUUCAUAUGGGCUAUUCCAAGGACCCUCUAGAGAUAGACGAUGAAGAAGCAGAUGAGUUCAUGGAUGUCAAAGAUUACCAUGAUGACAUGUUUGUCUGGACAUAUAGCUCUCCAGAAUUCCCAAUGGCUCAGGAAAAUUUCUUGCAAAAGUUUAAGCUUCCCAAACCCAUUCUGUGCAUCGGAGGAAUCCUUAAAGUGGAGCUGUUAGGCAGAUUGCAGACUCAAGAAAUGGACGGAUUAUACUAUAUAUGCAUCAAUCAUGUUCAAGUCAUCGGACGAUCACUCUCCCCUGUAUUUGACUUGGAAAUGAUUGGCGACGGAGGAAAAUGCACCCUCAAGUACAACCCUGUUAUGAGAUACACUUUUCCAUCUGUAGACAUCUCAGAAACGGAGUCGAGUAGCCGAUCACAUUUCCACAGGUUUAGUGAAAGCAUUAGGAGCUGGGAGCAACUAAUCCUCAACACAUUCCGUGGCGCAGGACCCCUGAUAGAUGAUUGGCUUUGGAGGAGGAUGCCACGUCUAAAAAUUCGUUUAUUGUGUCACAGCAUCGAUGAUGUUGAAGCUAUUGGACUGCACACCCUCAAGUACAACCCCUCUUUAGACAUAUCAGAAACGGAGUCAAGUAGCCAUGGUGCAGGAGACGACUACGACUCUGAUAAUGAGUAUCUCAAGUAGUCACAGUUUUCCUGAUUGAUAUACCAUACCAUACCAUCCAUCCUCGUAUGCUUUUGCUACUUAAAUAGGGAAUAUGGUUUUGACUGAUUCUGAUACACGGACACAAAAUGGUGUAAAAUAGGUCAGUCAUACACUAUGUAAUUUUAUUACUUGGUGAACUUGUUAAGACCACUGGUUAAUAUGUUUGUUUUGGUUAUCAUCUGCUGGUUACUGAUAUAACUCAAUUGAUAUAAAGUUAAAACUUC